GAGGAGUAUCCAGAAGCUUCCCAAACCCCAUUUUGUGCUCUAACAAACCCCUUCUAAAACCCCACCAAUUCGUUCCUCAACGCAGUUUCUGAAUCUUCUAGUUCCUUCUUCUUCUUCUUCUCUGUCAAGCUUUGUCCUCAGUAUGCACAGGCUCUCUAGGCGCUGUUCCUCUGUCUCUGCCAUACUGCGCUACGGCGGCGCACUUCGCCGGGACGUAGCUGCCCCUCUUUCCUCUUCUUCCUUUGCUUCGCAGGUGAGUGAGAAUGACACCAAAGCCAGAUGGUAUUCUGUCUUAAGUUCAGAGAAAUUCAGCACCAUUAAAUCCACUAAUCAGCCAAACUUGAAAAGAGAUUUGUCUUUGGGCAAACGAUAUGAAUCAACUGCUGCUGAAUCAGCUGCGUCCAGUCCCCCUCCGGCUGAGCGAUAUGAGUACCAAGCAGAGGUUAGUAGGCUCAUGGACCUCAUUGUUAACAGUUUAUACAGUAACAAGGAAGUGUUUCUCAGGGAACUUAUCAGCAAUGCAAGCGAUGCCUUGGAUAAGCUGCGGUUCCUGAGCGUGACGGAACCUGAACUGUCAAAUGAUGCAGUUGAUUUUGUUAUCCGAAUUCAAGCUGAUAAAGAUAAUGGGAUUAUCACUAUUACUGAUACAGGCAUUGGUAUGACUAAGCAAGAACUAGUUGAUUGUCUUGGAACUAUUGCUCAAAGUGGAACUGCAAAAUUUUUGAAGGCUCUGAAGGAUAGCAAGGAUGCUGGCGGUGACAACAACUUAAUUGGUCAAUUUGGUGUGGGAUUUUAUUCUGCUUUUCUGGUUUCUGACCGGGUGGUUGUCUCAACCAAGAGUCCAAGAUCCGAUAAACAAUAUGUUUGGGAAGGGGAGGCAAAUGCUAGCUCAUAUACCAUAUCUGAGGAGACAGAUCCUGAAAAGCUGAUUCCAAGAGGAACUCGCCUUACACUGUACCUUAAGAGGGAUGACAAAGGUUUUGCUCAUCCAGAGCGGAUUCAAAAGCUUGUAAAAAAUUAUUCACACUUUGUCUCAUUCCCGAUAUACACUUGGCAGGAAAAGGGAUACACCAAAGAAGUGGAGGUUGAUGAGGAUCCAGCUGAAGCCAAAAAAGAUGAACAUGAUGAGAAGACUGAGAAGAAGAAAAAAACUAAGACUGUUGUUGAGCGGUACUGGGAUUGGGAGCUCACAAAUGAGACCCAUCCAAUCUGGCUUCGCAACCCUAAAGAAGUCACUAAAGAGGAUUACAAUGAAUUUUACAAAAACACUUUUUCUGAAUACCUGGACCCAUUAGCAUCAUCACACUUCACCACAGAGGGUGAGGUAGAAUUUAGGUCUAUACUUUAUGUUCCUGCCUAUGCUCCCUCAGGGAAGGAUGACAUAAUCAAUCCCAAGACCAAGAAUAUAAGACUUUAUGUGAAGAGAGUGUUCAUUUCAGAUGACUUUGAUGGAGAACUGUUCCCCCGAUACUUAAGCUUUGUAAAAGGUGUGGUCGACUCAAAUGACCUUCCACUCAACGUGUCACGUGAAAUUCUUCAAGAGAGCCGCAUUGUGCGGAUUAUGAGGAAACGCUUAGUUCGAAAGGCUUUUGACAUGAUUCUGGGGAUAUCCAUGAGUGAGAACAGAGAGGACUAUGAGAAGUUCUGGGAGAACUUUGGCAAACACUUGAAAUUGGGUUGCAUUGAAGACCGUGAGAAUCACAAACGUAUUGCUCCAUUGCUUCGGUUUUUCUCAUCCCAAAGUGAAGAAGAACUGAUCAGCUUGGAUGAAUAUGUUGAGAACAUGAAACCUGAUCAAAAGGAUAUUUAUUACAUUGCCAGUGACAGUGUGAAUAGUGCAAAGAACACACCUUUCUUGGAGAGACUUGUGGAGGAAAAUCUUGAAGUGCUGUUUUUGGUGGAUCCAAUAGAUGAGAUUGCCGUUCAAAACCUCAAAUCAUACAAGGAAAAGAAUUUUGUUGACAUUAGCAAGGAAGACUUGGAUCUAGGGGAUAAGAAUGAGGAAAACGAACAGGAGAUGAAACAGGAAUUCAGCCAAACUUGUGAUUGGAUUAGGAAACGUUUGAGAGAUAAAGUUUCCGAGGUUCAAAUUUCAAAACGACUUAGCUCUUCACCUUGUGUUCUGGUGGCAGGAAAAUAUGGUUGGUCUGCUAACAUGGAAAGGCUAAUGAGGUCUCAAACUAUGGGUGAUGCCUCCAGCAUGGAAUUCAUGAGAAGCAGACGGGUGUUUGAGAUCAACCCUGAACACCCUAUUAUCAGGAACUUGGAUGCUGCUUGCAAAACAAAUCCUAACAAUGAAGAAGCCCUCGGAGCUAUUGAUCUUUUGUAUGAUGCAGCUUUGGUUUCCAGUGGUUUUACGCCUGAUAAUCCAGCAGAGCUUGGAGGAAAGAUAUAUGAGAUGAUGGGUACUUUCACUGGUAAAUGGUCAACUACUGAUCAGUUUCAGUCCACUGGAUCCCAGCCCCAUGUCCCAGAAACUGUAGAAGCUGAGGUGGUCGAACCUACUGAGGCUGGCAGUCAGAAAUGAACGGAUUUUCAUCCACAUUUUUGUUUUCUCUCUUCCGUUCUUUCUUUCAUGGCUGUUGACGGGCGAAAUCAUAUUCUUGAAGAACAUUGGUAGUAGUAUUUUAUAGAUACCUGAGGAUUUUUCAAUAUAAUAACAUAUCGGGAAGCACUUGUAAUUGAUCCUUUUCGUUGUGAUUUAUGUAGUUAAAACAUCCACAACCACCAAGUAUUUCUUAUAUUUGAAUUUAAGUAGUUUUUCUUUUAUUUUGGAAAAGUAUA